UCUGCUUUGCUCUCGUGCUCUGCGCCAGCAUGGCGCUUUCAUCAGCAUACCCUGCGGCUGAACCAGCCCAGGACGUUCCCUACAUAACCUUGGAAGAAACAGCUCCAGUGGAGGAAGAGACCCUGCAGCCUGAGGAAUCACGACACGGCCGCCACGGCUGGGGAGGCGGCUGGGGGCAUAGAGGUUGGGGGCAUAGGGGCUACGGACAUGGCGGAUAUGGCCCCGGAUGGGGUUACGGCGACGGAUGGGGCUACGGGGGCGGCUAUGGAGGCGGCUACGGGGGCGGCUACGGGGGCGGUUACGGGGGCGGUUACGGGGGCGGUUACGGGGGCGGUUUCGGCUACGGCGGAGGCUGGGGAGGUGGCUGGUAAACCUGACUGCAUAACGCCUCUUAAGAGUUUGUGGAAUACUCAAUAAGCUUUAGUCAUGUAGAUAAAUAAUGUGUGAGUAAAAUGUGCAUGUAAUGAACAAAGUCGUGUUUAAAAAAAACUGUGAUAAAAAUUAAUAAAAUUAUUUAAGAUGA